AUGGCCAUUGGCAAUAUCUACGUGAUCGCCGGUGUCGCGGUCGUUGGCGGAGCACUCUUUGGCUUCGACAUCUCCUCCAUCUCUGCCCAACUGGGCGAGAACUCUUACAAAUGCUAUUUCAACCAGGGUCCCAAAGGUCCGCCGUUCGACGACGAUGAGGACUGCAGUGGUCCGACGUCGCUGAACCAGGGCGGUAUUACUGCUAGUAUGGCUGCUGGUUCGUGGCUAGGUGCGUUGAUCUCUGGAAUUCUGAGCGAUCGCAUGGGGCGAAAGUAUUCUAUUAUGGUUGGGUGUAUUAUCUGGAUAAUUGGUUCUAUCAUCUCCUGCGCUUCUCAAAACAUCGGAAUGCUGGUUGUCGGCCGCAUCAUCAACGGUCUCGCAGUCGGUAUCGAAUCCGCCCAAGUCCCCGUCUACAUCGCCGAGAUAUCACCCCCCUCCAAGCGAGGCCGCUUCAUCGGCAUGCAGCAAUGGGCUAUCACCUGGGGCAUCCUCAUCAUGUACUACAUCUCCUACGGCUGCGCCAUGAUCGGCGGACGCCACUCGCACGACUACUCGACCGCUGCGUUCCGUGUUCCCUGGGGUCUCCAGAUGGUUCCCGCCGUCUUCCUCUUCUUCAUGAUGAUGCUGCUCCCCGAGUCCCCUCGAUGGUUGGCACGCAAGGAUCGUUGGGAUGAGUGCCAUAGUGUGCUCACUCUUGUCCACGGACAUGGAGACCCUGACCAUCCAUUUGUGGCACUUGAGUUGCAGGAUAUCAAGGAUAUGUGUGCCUUCGAGGCUUCGAUCGCUGAUGUUACGUACCUUGAUCUUUUCAAGCCCAACAUGCUCAACCGAACUGUCAUUGGAAUCUUCACCCAGAUUUGGUCUCAGUUAACCGGUAUGAACGUUAUGAUGUACUACAUCUCCUACGUCUUCUCCAUGGCCGGCUACAAGGGCAACGCCAACCUCCUUGCCUCUUCUAUCCAGUACAUCAUCAACGUCCUUAUGACCAUCCCCGCGCUCCUGUGGAUGGACAAGUGGGGACGUCGUCCUACAUUCCUCAUCGGCGCUACCCUCAUGUGUACAUGGAUGUUCGCCAACGCAGGAAUCCUUGCUGCUCACGGCACCGAGAUACCCAAAGACGAGCGUGACUCACCUCAAGUUUCUAUGAGCGUUAGUGGAGGAGCCGCCAAGGGCCUUAUCGCAUGCACAUACCUUUUCGUCGCAUCCUACGCCCCAACCUGGGGUCCUGCAUCCUGGACGUAUCCUCCCGAGCUGUUCCCUCUCCGACUCCGUGGAAAGGGUGUCGCUUUCGCUACCUCAUCCAACUGGGCUUUCAACACUGCCCUCGGACUCUUCACCCCUGUGGCUUUCGAGAACAUCACGUGGAAGAGCUAUAUCAUCUUUGCUGUGUUCAACGUGGCUAUGUUCGUGCAUGUUUUCUUCAUGUUCCCCGAGACGGCUGGAAAGACUCUUGAGGAAACUGCAGAUAUGUUUGAAGAUCCAAACGGUAUCAAGUACAUUGGCACUCCAGCUUGGAAGACCAGUGUCGUUACCCACCUUACUACUAAAGUUGAGCAGGGUGAUGUUGAGGCUAAGUUGGGUGGAGUAGCUCAUGACGAGGACGCGGAGCAUUCUCCUGUGACUGAGAAGUAG